CCAUUGGAUUAGAUCGUUGUCAAUACUUUAUUUGCGAAGUGAACCCACAGUUCCGAGUUUUUCUUGCAGCAGGAGAGACGCCACGACUUUGCGCUGUUUAUGGUGGGAGGAAUUUGGAAGACACCCCCCAGUUUGAGCAGUGGAUACCUGUGCAGUGACGUGUUAUGCAAAACAAAAGCAUUCAAACAUAACACCACACACUUCCUGAAAACCUCAUUCAGCCCGAACAGGAAUUCCAGAGCCUAGGGCAGAACAAAGAGAAAAGUCAAAGCCAGAAAGACAAUCUGUUCAUUUAGGCGAGCUGCUCUCCUUGAAGUUUUGAUGCCAGAAAAAUGCCUCCUCCUCAGGUGAACAAACCCAUGUCUGAAAUGACCAUGAAAGAAAAAGCAGGCACUCUUGACGUGCCUCUGAAUUUCUUGGGUCAAGACUACCAGGAGUUGCUGAAGAGCUGCAUCACCAACAGGAUGAGAUUUGUCGAUGAUAGAUUUCCUCCAGACAGCAGCUCCAUUGACCCAAAUAACAAACUCGGACUGGAUAUGUCCCAAAUCCAGUGGCUGAGGCCAUCAAAAAUAGUGGCAGACCCUCAGUUCAUUGUAAAGGGGGUUUCCAGAUUUGACUAUUCCCAAGGAUCUUUUUUAGGAAACUGCUGGUUUCUUGCUUCGGUUGGGACUUUAACCUUUCAGAAAGAUGUCUUGUAUCAAGUAAUGCCAGAAGGCCAGUCCUUUGGUAAAGAUUAUGCAGGGAUAUUUCACUUCAGAUUUUGGCGGUUUGGGAAAUGGAUUGAUGUUGUCAUUGAUGACAAACUGCCGACUAUUAAGGGUGACUUGAUUUUUGUUCAUUCAAAAACAUCAAAUGAGUUCUGGCCUGCCUUACUGGAGAAAGCCUAUGCCAAGGUGUGCGGCUCCUAUUCUGACAUGGACGCCGGUGUUGUAUCUGAGGCUCUGCUGGACUUCACCGGUGGCAUCCAUGUGCGUUUCGAACUGGAAAAACCUCCCCUUGAUUUGUGGAGCUUGAUGGACCGAGCUGCCAAAUGCAAGGCUCUAAUGGCUUGUGGCACAUACCCGGGGAAAACAUCUGCAAAUACAGAAUUACCUAAUGGCAUUGUUCAAGGGCAUGCAUAUUCAGUGACGGGGAUUUUCAAGGUAACAUGGCAAGGAGCACCAGUAAGGCUGGUGAGAGUGUUGAACCCAUGGGGAAAACGCGAGUGGACUGGUGCCUGGUGUGACAAAUCCUCAAUGUGGAACAAAGUGAGUGAGAGUGAGCGAACCAAGUGUUGGUCUUUGGCCAAUGAUGGUGAAUUCUGGAUGUCAAUGGAGGAUUUCUCCAAAAACUUCGAAGAAGUUGAUAUUUGCUGCUUCACUCCCGACUUUCUGGACAAUUCCUCUAAAUGCAGCUGGAAAACUGUGCGCUACAAUGGCAGCUGGGAAGCUGGAAAAACAGCUGGCGGCUGCCUCAAUCACAAAGAGUCUUUCUGGACAAACCCUCAGUUUCGAGUGACGAUUGAGAAGCUUGAUGAGGAAUGUUCUAGUUCCCAGUGCCCCGAAAAUGUACUGGUGUCCCUCUUGCAGAUCCAUGAAGACCGAUACAGAAGUCGUGUUAAAAACUGCUCCAUCGGCUUCUGUGUUUUUGCGAUACCACCAGAGAUGAAAGAUGAGAGGUUUCCAGCAAGCUUCUUCUCUCGUAGACGUACUGUGGCAGAAAGUGAAGCCUUCGUCAACGCGAGACAUGUGAUGAAAUUCUUCAAGCUGGAGCCGGGAGAGUAUCUCAUCGUGCCGACCACUUUCAAACCAAACGAGUGCGCAAAAUUCAUGCUGUCCAUCUUCUCAAAGAGUGAAUCCCACAGGAAAAGCAGGAAACCUGAGAUGACGUAUGUGUGAGAUGAUUAUAUCAAUGGUGAAACAGCGGAAAGUCUAAUGAAAAGACUGACCGUAUUGUUAGUCUAUACUGUGGACGUUUCCUUUUAUUUUUAUGAUUAUUUUUAUUCAAAGUUCCCGUGAAGUAAUUUGAAAAAAAAUUUUUGGGAUGUUUGACAAUCUCAACUGAAACUUAAUGAGAGGGCGGGACAUAGAGUAGCUCCUCCUCUUUAAAAGCAAACAGCCAAUAGUAAGAGCUCAUGAGCAUCAAAUCAAAAGCGAAUGAGAACGGCAGGGCAUUUCAGAUACUAGAAAGCAUUUGAUUGGUCAAGAUUUGAUGAGAAACUGAAGUAUGAUGUGAUGUGAAAAAGAAAACUGUGGAUUAUUUUAGAUGGAAGUGAUGUUUAUGUCAGUUUUAUAUCUUCUAAAUGUGAAUUUAGACACUGUUUUGGAGCACUUGAGAUUAUAGAUAUCCUUAAAACUUACAAAAUCUUUUUACCAACAUUUAAAAAAUGUUAUUGUAAUUUCACGGGAUAUUUAACUAUCCGCCAGCUACCCUGGACCCUGGAGUUAAAGUUCGCUUAAAAAGCAAAAUGUACUUGUUUACUCACCCUCAGGUGAUUCUUAAACUUUAUGGGCUUCUUUUUUUCUUAGUUGAACACAAAAGAAGAUAUUUUGAAGAAUGUUAGGGUCACACUUAUUAAUAAGGUUUCAUUAGUUAAUGUAUUACUAACAUGAACAAAUAAUGAACUAUUCUUGUACUGUAAUUAUGAAUAUAAUAAAUUAUUAUAAUCCAAAUUCAUGCUUGUUAACACUAGCAGUGAGUUAACUAAAACCAACCUCUUUAUUUUCAUUAAUUAAAGUUAACAAAUAUGAAUACAUACUGUAAUAAAUGUAUAAUUCCUUGUUUGUUCAUGUCAGUAAAUACAUCAACUAACAUUCAACCUUGCUGUUAAAAGAGUGACCAGUGUUAGAAAUUGGUUCCCAUUGACUUCCUAGUAGGAAAACGAAUUCUAUGGAGGUCAAUAGUUACAGGUUUCUAACAUUUUUCAAAGUAACUUAUCUUGUGUUAGCAGUCUUUUAAAUCUAUGUAAACACAAAAACCUGAAGUGACCAAAAUGAUUAUACUUUUUUAUUCUACAUCAUUUUGCACUAUAUUUGCUCAUGUAAUAUCUGCAUUUAUGAUGGGUGAAGCGAAUGUUAUUAAUCAUAUUUGUUGUUUGUUCAAUGUUUUAUCACAUAUUUCAGUGCAUGGCAAGUCUGAAUUUUUAGAAGACUGUUUACAUUGUCAAAAAAUAAUUAAAUGCUGACUGAAGUGUCACAAACACUUUAAUUUCCUUAA